UCAGCCGCCUGGUUUUCAAAACCCCCGACACACAUCGUGAACUAUCCAGCUUUGUUGCUUUUUCUUCUCCCCGGUCCCCCCUGGGGGAACCGUCUGGUGAACUGACCCUUCUGGUUGUCAUGGUUACCACGUGAAGGAUGCGGUUACCGGCAUUCACCGGCAGUAUCUCUUCAGUUUCUCCCUCUCAAGUAAUCGAGCAGUGCUUGCAGUGCGACACGUGCACACGCGUAUACCAGCUUGGCCUCUAUUCACAUGCUCCCUACGUAGCUCGCAACGUGCAUAUUGAUCGCUCGCCACGGAAACAAAUUACACAGUCCUCCUUACCUUCAUCCGUUCUACACGCAACGCGUUAUAAAACAAGAGACAGCAAGUAAAAAAAAAAACCUUCUCCAUAGCAACCAGCCUAGCAACUGUUUCAAAAUGCAUAAUAUGUCAGUUGUGGAGAAAACCAUCAUGGCCGACGGUAUCGAGUGGAGAUACAUCAACGACGGUACGGCCGAAUGGGGUCUCCAUUUCCCCGAGGCCCGCGGGGAUUGUCAGUCCCCCAUCAACAUCAACUCCCGCCAGGCCGUGUAUGACAGCACCCUGAACAAGCCCAGCCUGAACGCCGACUAUGCGCUGUGUCGGGAGUGCGAGAUGAUCAACACUGGUAACACGGUGCAGAUCAGUGUCAAAUACAAACCCGACGGUGUCAUGGCAGGCCUUGGGAAAUCGGAACCGCCUCCGAGAUCAGUGUUGACGGGAGGCCCGUUGGCACCGGACUCAUCGUACGAAUUGGCCGAGUUUACUUUCCACUGGGGGAAGGAGGACGACAGAGGGUCUGAGCACACCGUCAACGGCAAGGCAUAUCCCAUGGAGCUGCACCUGAUCCACUGGAACAGCCAGUUGUAUGAGACGGUGGAGGAGGCCAUGGGAAGAGAUGACGGUAUAGCGAUUGUUGCACUCUUCAUACAGGUUGGCCGCGAGCACGUCGGCCUGCGAACUCUGACGGACUAUCUGGAAACAGUGCAGUCCAAGGGCAAGAGCAUAUCCAUAACCACGCCGUUCCAUCCAACUUGCCUUCUACCGGAUCCCAUGCUUCGAGAUUUCUGGAGUUACCAAGGAUCUCUAACAACACCGCCGUGUAAUGAAAAAGUGACCUGGAUCCUGUUCCGCUAUCCACUGACGAUAUCACAUACCCAGAUGGAAGAGUUUAGACGACUGAAGAACUACCCAAAAGGCAGCCAUCCUGCAGCGGACGACGACGGGUUUCUGGCCGACAAUUUCCGGCCAACCCAACCCCUGAAUGACCGCGUCGUGCGAGCCUCUUUUCAAUAAAAACUGCUUCAAUAUUAAUAUACAUGGCGUUCGUAAGUUUGUCGUUAAACUCAUGUCAUAACAAAUGCGCUUUGGUGUUAACAUGCACGCGGUGCCUUGUUGUCUAGUUGUAAUAUAUUUUGUUACUAUAGCGUAUUUGACUUUCUGUAGCAUUUAUUUGUGAAUAUUGUCAUGUUAUGAAAGUAUAUUUAAUUAAGGAUAGGAUUAAAAUCCAAACUCUUGAGCGAGUUUUCUAAAGGUUUUCUGUGCCACGAGGCUCUGCCACGGGGCGAUCGUAGGCUGGUACCUAUGACGCAAUACAUACUUUAUGAUAAGCCGCAUUCUUUGUUGUCAAGGAGCAAGAUCACUGAGAGGCCGCCUCAUGAAAUUCCAGUUGUGAUCGUUUUGUGUGGUCAAUACUAAAAUGUCGAGUGCUGUGCUAUGUUUAUGUCGAAUACGUGCAAGUUAACGUCAUACUGUCGUAUUGGUGAGGAUGAAGUCCCCGAGUACAGUCAUUGUAUAUUGAACAAAGUAUAAUAAAUGCAUAUUUCCAGAGCCAUUAUCGAACAAAUAUUAAAGAUUUGUACACGUCACUCGGUGACAUUCUCACUUUUGUAACUACUUGAGUUUUGGUGCCUUUUGGAAUAGAUUUGUGCUAGCUGAGGCCAUCGACACGUUUCUGCUUUCUGUUGUCCCCUAUAUUGGACAUGUUGACAUUUUGGAGGGACGUUUGUGUGGAUUUUGGUGCAGAUAAAACUGGGUUGAAAUAGAUCGUUUGCACCGGAGUCAUCUUCGAGGUGUGUGCUUCAUUUCAACUUCUUGCUUAUUCAUUGUUGAAAGUUAAUAUAUCAAUCCAUACCUCAAAAGAUGGCUGCUCUAAAAGAAUCCGGAUGUUGUGCUGCAGUUCUAAAAGUAGUGUUCACUAACUAUCCCAGCAUGCAUUGCGCAAUUAUACUUACGCGUGCGCACUCUGUUAUUUGCAAAGCGGUGACUGUUUACGGUCUUAAUGCAUGGCACUUCCGAGUUAUAUUCUGCAGUUUCCCUUUGGAAAUAGGUAUCAAUUAUUAAUAUGUACAUGUAUGUGUACAUAUAGUUUAAUUCUUCAAGUCAAUCAGUGGCACUAAAAAUGCAAUUAAAGGUGUCUUGUCUUGGUUGUAUCACCAAUGUGCACUUAAAAUGUCACCUAAAAGUGAAAUAAUUGCAUCUAAUGCCCGAUAACAAAGCUUAUAACUUAAGAUGAUAAUUAUUGUCUUGGGUAUGUUUGCAGCGAAAUAUGUCGUUUUGUCGGCUUUUUAUCUUAAUAUAUUGAGGUAAAUGUAAUGUGGAAAUGGCUGGGACAUUUAAUGCAUUCAGAUAUUCAAGAUCGUGGUCAAUUUCUUUUUCUUUUUCUUUUUUCUUUUUUCUAAUCUUCAGUGUAGGCAUUCGACAGCUAACAUAAACGGCACGUGAAAAUACCAAUUAUAUUAGGUGUUUCUUUGGCGUUUAUGCAUAUGAGGCCGCAAUCUACGCCGAGUAUUGUCGCUUGAGGGCGUUGUGUCUAAAGUUACGUUACUUAUUCUCCUAGCUGCGUUUAGGAUUAUCAAAAAUAAAAGACACACGAUUACGACCAGGAAAAACUG